AUGUAUUUCAAACAUUUGGUUGUACUCUCAUUUGUCUUUGCUGCCUAUCAAAUUGUUCAGAUCACUUCGCGGGUGGAACUUACGAAUCUGAAAUGCAUUCCUCUCGACAAAUCGUUUGCAGACUUUGAAUAUUGUCGGAUAAAGGCUGUGAAUCGAAGUUACAAGUACUUGGCUUUAAAAGUUAAUUUGUUCAAAGUCCCUGUAACAAAUGUUUCGAUUAAUGUAUCAGUACUAAAACGAUUGAAUGGAUAUAAACCCUUUCUAUACAACAUCACUUUCGAUGCAUGCAAGUUUAUGUCGUCGAAAAAUACGAAUCCGUUGAUUAAAUAUUUCUACAGUUUUAUAUCCGAGCAUUCCAAUAUGAAUCACAGUUGUCCGUAUAGUCAUGAUCUUAUUGUUGAUAAAGUAUCAAUUGAAUUUCUGAAUCAUCAACUUACUGAGGUUUUACCAGUUCCUGAGGGAGAUUAUGCAUUCUACACUAGUUGGUAUGCAUAUGGCAAGAAUCGGGCUGAUGUCCGAAUAUAUGCGACCAUAACUUGA